AUGAAUGAUAACUAAUAUAAAGAGGAUCAACUUAAAUUAUAUCAUGAAAAUUUAAAUUAAUACUAAAGUAAAUUGCAUUUAAUUUAUGAAUAAUUUAAUCAGAAGACAUAAUAAUUUCAAUAUUUUCAUUAAUUCAUAAUCCAUUUUUUAAGUUAAUAUUCAAAGGAAAUUAAAUACAAAGAAUAGUCUAUAUAAGCAGUUAAUAUCAAUUAAAUAUUUCCUAAUCGUUUAUGGGAAUUUGAUAUAUCAAGUAUACUUAUUAAUUUAGAUAGUUAAUUUCAUUAGAAAUAUGACAAAUAUAUAUAAUAUACAAUUACUUAUGAUAAUGUCUUAUUUAUUAUAAGGUAGAUUUAAUGAAGAGAAUAAGGAAUUUACAAGGAUAUUAAAUUUAAAUUGUUGUAGUUUAAAAUUGCCUUUUUAAUAUGCUUUUAGUGUAAGUUUAGUUUCAUUAUAAUCUUUAUUAAUAAUUGUUUUAAUUUUACCAUAAAAAUAAUACAUUACAAAUUUUUUAGGUGAAUUAGUGGAGAUUUAAUUUAUUCAUAAAAUGUGCUUUAUUGAUAUAAUCUAAGAUUCUUAUAGAAAUUAUGCUGAUAAAAUAAAAAUAUGUUAAACAAUAUUAGAUGAAUACCUUCAUUAAUAUUUAAAAGGUAAUGAUAUAUUAUCAAAUAUUAAAUUAAUCAAAGAGAAAUAAAAGUCUUGUUAAUCAUCAACUAAAAUUAAAAUAGGAAUAAAAACAAAAAAUAAAAAUCUAUUAAUAUAACCUAGAUCAUUUGAAACUAUAAAAUUGAAUAGUCAUUUAUAUAUAUUUGAUAAUUAAUCAAAUACUUGGAUGACUAAAAAAUUAUAUGAAUCAAUUUAAAAAAAAAUUCUGAAAAUUAAUGCUUAAAAUGAAAAUUAUUAUUUGAUAAAGGAAUACAUUUGCUUACCUUCAGCUAUUUAGAUAAGUAAACUUAUAUAAAAAUUACCAAAAUUCAAGAAUAAAAUAAGUGAACAAUAAUUAUAAGCAAUUGUUUGGUAAGGUAUUACAUUUAUUUUGGGUAGAAGUGGAACUGGUAAAACAACUUGUGCUUUAUUAAAAUUAUUUAUUUUAGAUGCUUUAUUUAAUUUAAGAUAGGAAUUAAAAAUGUAAAAUUAUAUUAUUAAAUCUUAAGUCAAAUAAUAAACUCAAAGUUAAUUUAUACCUAAGGAUAAACUUACAUUAAAAACAUUAUUUAUAACAGCUAGUCCUUUAUUAGCUUGGUAAAUAAAAUAAAAUUAUUUAUAAUUAAUUGAGAAUUUUUAAGAAUUAAUUAAAGAAAAGUUUUCAAAUAUAAGUGAAUCUUAUAAUAUAGAAGAGGAGAGUUUAUAUGAGAUAUUUAAUGAACUUCAAGAGUCAUAAAUCAACGAGAAUAAUUCAGAUACAGAUGAAGAAGAAGAAGAAAUAAAUGACUAUGAAAAAAUGAUGGGUAGGUUUUAAAAAUUGAGUGAAAUAACAGAAUAUCCAGCAUUUUUAACAUUAAGAAAACUUAUUUUCUCUAUUGAUGCUUCUCUUCUUAAUCCUUAUUUUAAAUUCUCUUAAACUUAACAUUGUUCUGCUUAAUGGCAUAAUGAAUAGAUAGGGAUUGUUUCAUUAAAUCAAUAAAGUUAACAUAAUAAUGAGAAACUUUAAAUGAAAAUAAAAGACUAUGAUGAUAAAGAAUUUAUAGUUUAUAACAAUACACAAGAAGUUACUUUUGAUUUAUUUAAUAAUUUUAUAUGGCCAAAAAUAAUUAAAAAAUUAGAACAUUCAAAUCAGAAGAUCAAAUAACUAGAUCCAGCAUUAGUUUGGUAUGAAAUAAUGUCAAAAAUUAAAGGUCAUGCUACAUCUUAUGAAUAUCCAAAUAAAUAUAUGAAUUAUGAUAAUUAUUCAUAUUAUCAUAAAGUAUUGUCAGAUGAGUAUACAAAGCUAUUAUAUAAAGCUUUUGAACAUUAUGAAUUAAUUAAAUAGAAUUUAGGUUAUUAUGAUAUAUUAGAUGUUGUAAAUCAUAUAAAUUAUGAAUUAAAAUAUGGAAGUGAUAUUCUAGAAAAUGUACAUUAUUUAAUAUUAGAUGAACUUUAAGAUAUUCCAAAUGCAAUAUUCAUAUUAUUAAAUUAAAUUGCAGAUUUUGGUUUGAUUUGUUGUGGAGUUAAUGCUUAAAACAUUUAAAAGGGAACUGGAUAAUAGUUUGUAGAAUUUAGAAAUCUUUUAAAUGAAUCAAACUUAAAGAAAAAAUAUAGAAACAAUAAUAUAUCCACUAUUAAAUUGUUUCAAAAUUUUAGAUUUCAUGAUUAAAUCUUAUAAUUAACAAAUUCUAUUAUUAGAAUGAUAGAAUUAUUAUUUCCUUAUAAGAUUGAUGUAUUUGAUAAGGAAGAAAGAUCUUAUUUCUAAGGUCCUAAACCUAUUGUGAUUUAAAGUGAAGAUGUACAGAUAUUGCUUAAUUAUUUAAAAAAGAAUUCUAAGAUUGAAUCAAUUUAUGUAUCUUUUGGAAGUAAUUAAGUAAUUAUUGUGCGGGAUUAAGAAUCAAAACCCAAAGUACCUAAUUCACUUUAAUAAACUUUAAUACUGACAAUUUAUGAAGCAAAAGGAUUAGAAUUUGAUGAUGUUAUUUUAUUUAAUUUCUUUACUGAUAGUGAUAGCACUUGUGAUGAUUGGAAUAUAUUGAAAAACUUUUAAAUUAAAGAUGUUUUUAUUAAAAUGUAAUAAAAUCCCAAUAUAUUAAGAAAUCAUAAAUUUUAUGAAACUAUUUAAAUGAAAAAGCUAUUUUUAAUAUAAAAUACUUAAUAAUUAAAUAUAUCAGAUAAUAUUGAUAGAUUUGUAAACUAUUAAACAAUUUGUUAAGAACUCAAAUUAUUAUAUGUAGCUCUAACAAGAGCAAAAAGAUAAAUUAUUAUUUAUGAUUAAAAUUAUUCAAAGAGAAAAACCAUUUAAAAAUUAUGGGAUGAUUUAAAAGUAAUAGAAAUUCUUUAUACAUCAUAAAUUGAAAAUGUAUAAGAAUUUGAAAUCCUUUUUAGUUAAUAAUUUGAUAAUAAGAAUAGUUGGAGAAAUUAAGGACUAAACUUUUUUAGAGUUAAUAAUUAUGAAUAAGCCAAAAAAUGCUUUAAAUUUGCUAAAGAAUACCAAUUAGAAUAAAAAGCAUAAGCUUAUUAAUUAGCAACUUAAGCUACUAUUAUAGAUAAUGGAGAAAAUUUAUUUUAUGAAGCAGCCUUGAUUUUUGAAGAUUUGAAUAUCAAAAACAGGGCAGCACAAUGUUAUUUUUCAGCAAAGAAAUAUAAAGAUGCUUAUAGAUUAUAUAAAUAGUUAAAUUCAAAAAUGGAAACAGCAGAAUCAGCUUAUUUCUGUAAAGAAUAUGAAGAAGCAGGGUAAUUAUUCCUUGAAGUUAAUGAUAUUAGAAGAUCAAUUGAAUCUUAUAUAUAAUAAGGAAAUUAUAAAAAAGUAAUUGAAUUAAUUAUAAAAUAUAAAGAUGAUUUAUCACAAGAGGAAUAUCAAAUAUAUCUAAAUAAAUACUUUCCAAUUGUUUUAUAAGAAAUCUUUAAUUAAAAUGAGUUACAAAAUGAGAUUCUUCAAAAUGAUGAAUAAUCCGAGAGUUUUUCAGUUUGUAAUUCUGAUUUAUUAUAAAGUUGUGAAAAAUUAGAGUUUUAAUUAAAAAACUCAAAAUUAAGUAGGAAUGAAAAUCAAUCCAGGUUAUCAGAGUCUUUUUAAGUAAUUAAUAAUGAUUCAUUUGAUCAUCUUUCAAUUUAUGAUCCUGAUGAUGAAUGGAUCUAAAAUGAUAAAGUUUAAUUGAUAACAUCAAUAGCUUCUAUAGAUGUUCGAUCAUCAAACGAUACUAAAAUAUUAUUGUUAAAUAAAGUGGAUGGAUCAAAUUUAAUAAAAAAUAAGAAAAGAAAAGUAAUAUUUAAUGAGUCAACAUUAUUUUAGAUUAUCUAAUUAUUAAUAUAAAUUUCAGAAGACUUUAAAAUUCAUAUAUAAGAAAAGCUUGCAUAAUAAUAAUUAGAUUAUUAAAAUAUUAUUAAAUUAACUUAAAUUGAUACAAUAAAUUUUAUUUUGAAUCUUUUAGAAAAAUUUCAAAAUUAUAAAUUAUGCAUAUAUAUAUGUAAUUAAUUUAACCUUUUAGAUUAAUUAGGAAAGUAUUUAGUAAUUCUAGCUUCAAAAUAUUCACCAUUAUAAAAAAAUUCAAUUGGAGUAGAUAUUCAAAUGAUUAGAAAUACAUUAAAGCGAAAACAUUUAUUAGAUUAGGCUUCAAUUGCACAUUAAGCAUUAUAAAAUAUCUUUGAAGCUAUGAAUCCUGAGAUUCUUAAUUUCAAAUAUGAAGAUUAUCUAGAUUAUAAUAAUAGUUUUGGUCUUAAAUGUUACUAAGAUUUAAUUGGUUUUGGGUUUUGGAAGCAAAUCAUCUUUAAAAUGAAUUAUAAACACUCUAAAGAUCUAUGUCUAUCUUUUAAUAACCAUUCAGAUUUAAUUAUAAUUUUGUAAAACAUGGAAAAGUAAUUAAAUUAAGAUUAAAAAUACUAAUUAAUUAAAAGUCAAUACUUAUUAUAAGUUGAAUAAUUCUUUAUAGAUAAAACUAUAAAAAUAAUUUAGAUUGAUUAAAUAUUUGAAAUUACUAAAUCUAUAGUUUAAGGUGAAUUAAUCAAUACUAAAAUAAUCAAUCAAAUAAUAUAUCAUUCUAAACUUAAGGUAUAAAAUCUAAAUUUUGAAGAUAAGUUAAAAUAAUUAGAAUCUGUUAUUUUAAGUUAUCUGUUAUGUUGUGGUUUUAUAUCGUUAUAAGAUGUAACUUUGGAAUAAUAGAUUCAAUUAAUUAAUAUUAUAUAUUUUUGUAUAAAUCAAAUUAAAAGUAUUUGUUGGAAUCAAAAUUUGAUAGAUGCAAUUCAGUUUUUAUUUAAGUUUUCAUUUCCAUAAGGAGAAAUUAUGAAUAAUUACUCAUAAUAUGUUUUAUUGAAUAUUUAAUCAAAAUUAAUAAAAAAUAUCAAACCUUAAAAGAUCUAUUUUGCAGAUUCAAGUUUUGAAUAUCUUUUGAUACCUUUUGAGUUAUUAGUAAUAUAAAUAUAAAACUAUUUUGGAAGAACUAAUAUUUAAGAACUUAAAAGUUUUGAUUUUUAGUAAGAUCUUCAAUACAAUUAUUAAAUUCCUUUGACUUUCAUAAUUAAAACAAUAAAACAUUAAUAAUUACAAAGUGUUCUUAAACCAUAUCUUUAAUAUAAUAUCAAUUAAUAGAAUAAAAAUAACCAAUAAUUAAAUUUUAUAAACUAAAAUUCAUUUGAUUAUGAUGAGUAUUCUAUUCUUUAAGUAAUUAAUGAAAAUGAAAAAAGAGUAUUUUAUGAAUAUCUUUUAUAAACCAACUAAAGAGUAGUUAAUUUACCAUUAUCAAUUUCAACAUCUCUAAUUAAUUAAUGUGUAAUGUUGUUUUAGUUAGCUUUUAAAUGUAUGGGUUAGAAUUAACAUGCAUAUCUAAUAUUAGCAAUUAAUCUUUGUAACUUUUCUAAUAAUCUUCCAUUAGCAAUUUAUUCCAUAAAAUCAAUAGAAGAUAAACUAUAAAAAGAAAAAUAUUUAAAAUAUAUUGAAUUUUUAGAAUGCUAAAAUUAUAACAUAACUGAAGAUAUGGUUGAAUGUUUUUUGGAUUAUUGCUAUUAUUGUGAAUAUAAUUUGUAUCUAGAUGAAUGGAAUGAUCACUUAAUCCGAAUUGGACUCAAAUUAAUAUUGGCAUAAGAAUUUAUUACAACAAUAGUUAUUCCUGAUUAUUACUUAGAUUAUUUUAAUUAGGAUAUUUCUAAUGACAAUACUGUGACAUAAAAUACUUAAUUUCCACUAAAGAAUAAUGAAGUAUUGAUGGAGUAUUUUAAUUGCUUAUAUAAUUAUAUUCAAUCUUGUAAUUCACCUUGUUAUGAUUAAAGUGGAUAUUUAUUAUUAAUAGUUAUCAUAUUAAAUUUAUCCACAAUUUCUUAGGAAUUGUAGAUUAUUAUUCAAACCAUAUUAGCUCCAUAAAAUGUAAAACCUUAAUUAAAGAAUAUUUUAUCAUUAUUAAAUUAAAGUGUACAAAUGAGAAGAUCAAAAUUAAUUUCACAAUCAUUAAUAAUUACAGGUUAUUCAGAAGAAAAAUUAAUAUCUAUAUAAGUUAUCUAAAACAAUUAAAACGAUAAUCAAGAUAUCAUAAUUUAUCAAGAAUGUUUAGAUAAUUGGAAUUUACAUCUCUCAUUAGCAGAAAAAUUAAGAGUUAAUGGAUAAAAAAUUUUAUACUUUUAUAUUAAAUAUAGACAAAUAAUUAAAUAGAAUUCUAAGGAAGAGCUUAUAUCUAAUCCAAUUAUUUUACGAUUCAUUUAAUACUAUUAAUUACCAUCAUCUUUCUUAAAAUGUAUCAAUAAUGAUUAAAACUGGAUAAAUCAAUUGAUAUAUUCUUAUAAGCUAUAAGAGUAUUUAUUAUUAAAUAUUAUUAAGCGAACUAUUGAGAACUAGAUAACAUUCAUAAACAAUGAGAGAUUUAUAAGAAAUUAGAUAUUAUUUAGAAUCAAUACUCAAUUUAUAAAUAGAAUUGAAAAUGGGUCAUUAAAUAUAAGAUUAAUUAAUAAAUGUUGAAAAACUAUUUAGAGAAUAUUAAUAAAUGAAAUAGAAUGAAUAAAUAGUGUAAUAAUUGAUGUUAGAUAGAAAUAGAGAGAUGUUAAAAAUGAAAUGGUAAAAAUUGUAAGCUGGAAUAAAAGUUAAGAAUAAAUUAACCAAUAUUUCUCAAAAAUAAUUCAUAAAAAUUUUAGAAUAAAUUGAAGAAGAAGAAAAUAAUAUAAUAUGA